UUAAUAACUGCACUGCGCUCCCGGCCGCGGCGGGUCCCCCCCCCAACAUGGCGGCGGCACCUCAGCCCCUCAGCGCCGGCCGCGCCCGUUCCCGCCCCAACAUGGCGGCCGCCCCUCAGCGCCGGCCCCGCCUCUCCCCGCACCCGCCAUGGCGGCGGCGGAAGCGGCGCCGAGGGGCGGAAGCGGCUGCCGGGCGGCUGGGCCGGGCGGGCAAUGAAGCUGCGGCGGGGCGCGCAGCGGGCGGCCCUGGCGUUGGUGCUGCUGCCGCUCCUCACGCCGGCGGGCGCCGUGGAGCCCAUCAGCGUGGGACUCGCCAUCGCGGGCGCCGCUGCCUCGGCCCUCACCGGCUUCAUCUCCUACCCGCGGCUCUACUGCUACUUCAGGGAGUGCUGCCUGCAGCGGCACGACCCGCGCGCCGCCGCCGCUCUGCAGCAGAAUUUGGACAAGAAGCUGUUCGGGCAGCACUUGGUGAGCAAGGUGGUUGUAAAAGCCGUGAGGGGUUUCUUGAACAAUACCAACGCCAAAAAGCCCCUGGCGCUUUCCUUGCACGGGUGGACUGGAACAGGCAAAAACUUUGUCAGUAAGAUCGUCGCCGAAAGCAUUUAUAAAAGAGGUCUGCAGAGUAAAUAUGUCCAUCAGUUCGUGGCAACUUUACACUUUCCUCACGCUCACAGCAUCAAUCUCUACAAGGACCAGCUGCAGUCGUGGAUUCGGGGAAAUGUGAGCGUCUGUCCUCGGUCACUCUUCAUAUUUGAUGAAAUGGAUAAAAUGCACGCAGGGCUCAUUGACUCCAUCAAGCCCUUCCUGGACUACUAUGAGCUGCUGGAUGGGGUGUCCUACAGACAAGCCAUCUUCAUCUUCCUCAGCAAUGCAGGAGCUGAAAAGAUAACAGAGGUAGCACUAGAUUUCUGGAGAAAUGGGAGGACAAGGGAAGACAUCCAGCUCACAGAUAUCCAAAAUGCACUCUCUGUGUCUGUCUUCAACAACAAAAAUAGUGGGUUUUGGCACAGCACCUUGAUUGACAGAAACCUCAUUGACUACUUCAUUCCUUUCCUGCCUCUGGAGUACAAACAUGUGAAAAUGUGUGUCAGGGUUGAGAUUGAGUCUCGUGGCUACGCUGUGGAUGAAGACAUUGUGAGCAGGAUAGCUGAGGAGAUGACCUACUUCCCCAGAGAGGAGAGAAUCUAUUCAGAUAAAGGAUGUAAAACUGUGGAUGCAAAGCUGGACUAUUAUUAUGACUUCUAAUGCUUUAUUGCUACAACCUGCAAAGAAGCAAAUUUAACUUAAUCACAAAGUGGGGGACCUGAGACAUUUCGUUUUUAAGUACUUUUUAAAGAAAGGAACACUAUUUUUUAACUGGUGUGUAAAUAAGCAGCAGUGCCUCUGCAUUUUUGUCACCAUCACAGCUCCUGAGUGCUUCAGCCCUGUGCUGUGAAGGUAAGAAGGAACUGCUUUGGGAAUUCCUGGAUCUGGCAGGGCUCAAGACUUGAAUCAUGUGGUGAUCGUCGGAACCCCUUGGCAGAUUCUUGACAGGUAUAGAAGGAUUGAGACUAUAACCUAAUUUUAAUUUGAUUUUGCUCUGAUGUGGAUGAUCUCUAGACAAUAUGGAGAAUUUUAAUCAAAGUUCCUGUGUCUCUGAAAGCCUUCGUUGGUCCUGUGUGGGAAUAUGCAUUAAAAAUAGAACAUGUGUCUUUUUGCCUUGAACAGCUUGGGCCCAGUAAAGAUAAGGGGGGAUUCUGGAAUUUAAAAAUCUGGGCAUACAGUGCCAUUGUCUUUUUCAAAACUGAUGUCUAAUUUAGUCUCCUAUGUGUCAAACCAAGAAUAUAAAACUCUUUGUUGUGAAUAGUGUUCAGAGAGCAGAGUUAGUAUCACAAGGAAGUGAGUUAAGAUCCAUAAAUGCCACAGUGGUGUACUUAGUUCCUAUUUUAGGUCAGCCUUUAUGUUGCCCACAGCAGGUUCUCCCAGGAGUGAUCUCAGGAGGGAGAACUGUGCUCUGAGAGUGGUGAGUCAGCUUCAUGGGAAAGCUGCAACGUCAUGGGAAACGUGUACAGAUUAAAUUUUACAUCAUGGAAAUUGAAAAGAGGUUUCUCUUCCUCACUUACACCUUGAAUUCAGGGGUCAGCUUGCAGGGAUUUCUCUUUUUCAUCUUCUCACCAUACUGUGUGCCUUGAGGCAGGGAUGGAGGCAGAUCUAAAGGCUUUUGAAAAAAGAAACAACCCAUAAAAUGUGUCCACUGAAGUUACUGUGAAGGGUGCCAGACUUGUUUCUUAAUGUGAGCGCUGCAGAGGCUUUUUACAUUCCAGUUGCUGUUCAAAAUAAACUUUUCUCAUCAGAAAUGUA